AUGAAGACACAUAAGAAUGAUGAGAUUGUCGACAGCAUGGGUACAAUAUUCCAGGAGAUGUGCAGAAGGCUUGAUGGAGCUGAAGCGUCCUCACAGCAUUUACAGAAAGUAACGCAUGAGUGGAUCUCCUUUACGCAGACCUUGCAGGAAGAGGAGGACGCAGUUGCGGCUCUCUCCCAUUCACUCUCCUCUUUUUUUUUGCCCCUUGUAGAAGAAGUAGUAGUGCUCUUGCAUGAACUAGAAACUGUCUUGGACGGUAAGAAGUGUUGUGAUGAGAAAGCCCCGUUGACACCCAGUUGA